AUGUCGCUAUACGGCGAGAGCGAUGGGCGUGAGCCAUACAGGAGGGUGGACGAGGCGCUGAGGACGAUAGCCAAAACGUUGCAUCCGAGAACGCCCCUCUUCUACACCGUGGGAGAGUCAGUGGUAAACUUCAGAGGCCAGACUUUCAUUGAAGGAUUCGACGCGAAACUGUCGUGCGCCUUUUUCGGCCAUGUAUCGAAGCUUGCGGACAGCCUCAGACCCAUCGUGAAUGCGGAGGAGCGGUUCGUGGCCAUCGUCGCGAACCCGGGGGAUGGAUACGCCGCAGCUUUGUGUGCAGUGCUCUUGUGUGGAUGUGCAUUUAUUCCCAUUGACAGAGAGUGGUCCGAGGAGAGACGGCGGAGGGUUCUGGAGCAUGCCAACCCCGCGGCGAUCGUUUUCGUCGGACCGAGGCCAUCAUUGAAACGUAUGGCCCGCUGGAGGGGUCGGUUGAUCGAUGCGCCAGAGCAUGUGCCCCAAGUCACCGGCGCGCAGACAUCCCCUGAACUACCCGAGCCGCCGCCGUGGGCCGAGGAUGCGCUAUACGUCAUGUACACGUCGGGGUCGACAGGUGAGCCGAAGGCGGUGGUGGGCACGCACGAGGGACUCUUGGCCCGCGCGCGAUGGGCGGCCGAGGGUCCGAUGAGGAUGAAUCCCUCCCCUCCGGAAGAAGACGAAGGUGAAGAGUCUGACGAAGGUGAAGAGUCUGAACUCGAAGACGCCAAAGAAUCACUGGACCACACCCGUGGAUGCCUGCACACCCGCGUCGGUUUCGUGGACUCUGUGACUGAGACACUCUGCCCGCUGCUGCAGGGAGCAUCGUCGAUGGUGCCGCAGGAUUUUGACCCCGGGGGAAUCAGAGCCACGAUGUUAUUCGGGGAAGUCACACACUUCAGCGCGGUGCCAUCUUUGUGGGAGCGGCUCAAUGACGAGUUUCUUGGCGAGAUCAAUCUCACCACUGCAGUGUGUAGCGGAGAACCCAUGCCGGUACCUCUGAUGAAUAGAAUCAUCCGCAUCAUGAGCAUCCAUAAUGAAAGCUUUGAUCGUGAAAAAUUCACUUUCAUCAACCUGUACGGUUCGACGGAGGUGGCGGGAGACGCGACUGAACUCCAGAUCAAGCAGAGAUUGAUCCCCAGCGAGGUCAAGGUUGAAUAUCAGGACGAGCGUCAAUACGAGCUUGUAUACCGGAACAAGUCGUCGCAGCUGGUACCGCUGGACAAAUCACUCGCGUUCCUACCUGCAGGAUUUGAUUUGCCAUUCGCGCAGACCAUCAUCGUCAAACGAGAAGGGGAGGGUGCGGAUGAAAAAUUCAUCGUCGUGAAGGAGGUUGGCGAGGUAGGCGAGGUCGUGGUUCGGGGUCUCGGAGUCGCCAGUGGAUACCGCGACGCCGGUGGAGAGAUUCAAGGAUUCGGCUUUAGCGCGUUAGAUGAGCUGUUCAAGGGCGACCCCAUGCCUUAUCACCUGACUGGAGAUCUCGGAAGAUGGGACCAGAAGGGUCUUCUUCAUCUGGAGGGGCGCGUGGACGACAUCGUGAAGCCAUUCGGGGAACGAGUGAACCUGAACGAGAUUUCGGCGGCGGCUAUGAAGCUGCCUUACGUUACACAAGCCGUGGCUCGAUUUUGGUCGACAAACGAGAUUAGUUACGCCGAUGGCGCAGGCACGGGAGGGGCAAUUGCGGUGUAUGUCGUCGUUAACGGGAACAAGGAUCCCAGCGUGGUACAUCAGAGCGUGGUUAAAUCGUGUCGGCAGCAUGGAAUUUCUCGGGUAGCGGUGCCGAUGGAGGAUGCCGUGAUGAUUCUCACCCACAUGCCGCUCAACGCCAACGGUAAGGUUGACCGCUCCGCUCUUCCUCUUCCGCAAGCUCUCAACUUCAAAGGUGGGACCGGUAAGAUGAAAACGAUGCCGUCUUCGUCAGACGCGGGAGCCGAUAUCCUGGCGGAGAUGCAAAAAAUACUCGGUUCUGGCUCGGAGUGGAUGAAGCAGUCAGACGACUUUUUCUUUGCCGGCGGCGCAUCUCCCGAUGUCAUCGUCCUAGCUCAGACUCUCGGAGUACCUGCAGAAGUUGUGGUGCGACACCGGACCGCGGCCGCCAUCGCCGCCGCUAUCGCUGAUCCAACUGCUGAAGUGAUGCCCUCGAGUUCUGGUAAAAUAGAUGUUCUUCCAGCUGAGGUCUUGCAGCGUAUCAUUGCCUUCGUGCCUCUGAAGGAGCAGCUCAGCGUUAUGCGUCUGGUGUGCAAGUCUUGGCGCAAAGCUGUGGAUGACUCCCCUGCUCCUCUAAUUCAAGAUGAGACGGAACAGCAGGCUUCUCGGGGAACGCUGGUGAGGAUGUGGAGUGCGCACCUUGGGAGAUGCGUCGACGCCACACCUUUGCUGAGCGAUACAGAUACCGUCUCAAAGAGCCGAACUUACAUCGGUUCGCACAGUCAAGAGGUUUGCUGCUUGGACCCUGACGGUCAGGUUGUGUGGAAAAUGGAGCUACCUGGCAGAAUCGAGGCGAGGAUAGUCUUUGGUGAGGGUGUUGUUGGCAGAAGGAGACAAGGCGAUGAGGGUAGUCAACUGAUUGUCCCGUGCCUGGAUGGAAAAGUGUAUUGCCUGGACGAAAACACCGGCGAGAUCCUGUGGCAAUACGACACGGGAGGUGAAGUCAAAUGCGGACUGGCGCUGACUGAUUGUGGUUCAAAGCCUGUUGAAGAACCGGUAAGAGCUUUUCAACGCCCCCGAGAAGUUUAUGUCCCUGGGUAUAGACUAUUAUGGGGUCAAUCACACGGUGGUUCGGCAUUUGCAAUUGCUGCAUCAGGCCGGCACGCAGGUAAAGCUAUUUGGCGAUAUGAAAACUCUGGGCCUGGUGUUGCGGAACCUGUGGUAGAUCAUGUUGAUAUAUGGUGUGGUGGAUCUGGAUCCCGCGUUGACACGGAAAUGGAUAAUAAUGCGGUGUUCUUCGCCAACUUAAAAGGUGACGUAUUCGUUGUCAAUGCUGCCGCCGUCACCAGAGACUGGAUGUCUAACGGGCCGGAUGGGAUUAAGGAGGCCAAGGAGUACGUCGUGUGGAGUACAAACGUUGGCGCACCGGUGUUUUCAACUCCGUCUGUGCAUUUUGAAUUGAUACAGGGCACGGAGCUUCCAAUCCACGUGGCGAAUGUCGAUGGCCUUGUCUUUGGAUUGAAUCGAGAAACUGGCCAAAAGGUUUGGACAGUUGACUUGGGCUGCAAAAUUUAUGCACCGAUAUAUUCGGAGCUUGAUGAAAGGUACGAAUCAUCUGGGCCGGCGAAGGUACUCAUCGGCAACGCAGAUGGUGAACUCGUUCUGUUGAGACAGCAGCGAUACGGCGUCCCAGACCCUCACCUCGGGGGAAAAAAACGCAAGCUAAUGCAUAAUGAUGAAUAUACAUACAUGACGGAAGUCUGGCGCUGGCAGGGACGUGGCGGCCUCCGCGCCGGACCGGUUUUCAUCAAUACCGGCAGAGGUCGACAGUUGAACACAAAUGGCAUUUUUGUCGCUGCGUGGGACUCCGGUGAGAUCAGUGUAUUCAGUUACAGCGACGUCAAGAACGGUGGCCUUCCCAGGCAUCUAUCGACAGGGCGACUUCCCGCUCCCAUCUUUGGAACUCCCGCGUUUGGACAUGAUGAUCAUUUUGUCACGGGAAGGAAUUGUGGUCCUCUAGGUGACGUGCGCGUUUACGUGGGAUGCCGGGACGACCGCCUGCACUGCCUGAAGCUUUCAGGUGUUCGAUACGGUGUGAAGUUGGACGACGGGAAGGUGGACGACGGGGAUGAAUAUGUACCUGUAGCACUCUUGGGACCCGUUGGGUAG